AUGGCUGACGCGCCUGCUGCGAGCGAUGAGCUCUACCCCAUCGCCGUGCUCAUAGACGAGCUCAAGCAUGACGAUGUCCUCCUCCGCCUGAACGCAAUCCACCGCCUCUCGACAAUUGCCCUGGCCCUCGGCGCUGAGCGCACCCGCGAGGAGCUCAUCCCCUUCCUUGACGAAUCCGUCGAAGACGAAGACGAGGUCCUCGUCGCCCUCAGCGAAGAGCUCGGCAGCUUUAUCGAAUACGUCGGCGGCCCGCAAUGGGGUCACGUCCUGCUGUCGCCCCUCGAGAACCUCGCUGCCAUCGAGGAGCCCGUCGUCAGAGACAAGGCUGUCGAGUCGCUUAACAAGAUCUGCGACCACCUGUCGCCCCAGCAGGUCGAAGAGUACUUCAUUCCCCUCACCAUCCGCCUCUCCAAAGCCGACUGGUUCACCUCCAAGGUCUCGGGAUGCGGUCUAUACACCGCCCCCUACUCCAAGGUCUCCCCGCCCGUCCAAGAGUCCCUGCGCCAGCAGUUCGGCCUCCUGGUGCACGAUGAGACCCCCAUGGUCCGCAGACAGUCGGCCACCAACCUGGCCAAGUUCGUCAAGGAGAUGCCCGCCGCCAUCGUCGUCGAUGAAAUGAUACCCCUCUUCCAGCACCUCGCCCAGGACGACCAGGACAGCGUGCGUUUACUCACAGUCGAGAUCCUCAUCUCCAUCGCCGAGGUCGUCCCCAAGGAGCAGCAGGCCAGCCACGGAGUUCUACUCACAUCUCUACGCAACCUGAUAGAGGACAAGAGCUGGAGAGUUCGUUACAUGAUCGCCGAUAGGUUCGAGAAGAUCGCGAAAGCAGUAGACGAGGAGGUUGUCUCGAGGGAUCUGGUGCCUGCGUUUGUCAAGCUGCUGAAGGAUAACGAGGCCGAGGUGCGGACCGCCAUUGCUGGGCAGAUUCCCGGCUUCUGUGCCCUGGUCGACAGGACGACGCUGUUGAACGACAUCAUGGGCAAUGUGGAAGACCUCGUCUCUGACACAUCUCAACAUGUUCGUGCCGCAUUGGGCACCCAGAUCAGCGGCCUUGCACCCAUUCUUGGCAAGCAGGAAACCAUCGACCACUUGCUCCCCAUGUUCUUGCAGAUGUUGAAGGAUGAGUUCCCUGAAGUUCGCCUUCACAUCAUCUCCAAGCUCGAGCUCGUCAACCAAGUCAUCGGAAUCGACCUCUUGUCCCAAUCCCUUCUGCCUGCCAUUGUCCAGCUGGCCGAGGACAAGCAGUGGAGAGUCAGACUUGCUAUCAUCGAGUACAUCCCUCUCUUGGCUAGCCAAUUGGGUGUCAAGUUCUUCGAUGAGAAGCUCAGUGGCCUGUGCAUGGGCUGGCUUGGCGACACCGUCUUCUCCAUCAGAGAGGCUGCCACGCAUAACCUGAAGAAGUUGACCGAAGUCUUUGGUGUUGAGUGGGCUAGUGAGGCCAUCAUCCCUAAGGUCAUGGCCAUGGGCUCCCACCCCAACUAUCUGUACAGAAUGACGACCUGCUUCGCAAUUACGACACUAUCCACCGUUGUGAGCUUGGACGUGAUCGGCAAAUCCAUUCUGCCCAUGAUGGACAAGCUGGUGGAAGAUGACAUCCCCAACAUCCGCUUCAACGUCGCCAAGACGUAUGCUGCUCUUAUCGACGUGCUCAAGCGGCUACCCGAGACGGGCACGACCUACGAGCUGGAGAAGGCGGGCGCCAAGGAUCACACGGCGUCGCCCAAGUCUCUGGAGCUCAUCAACGAGCGGGUCCUGCCCAGUUUGGAGAAGCUACAGAAGGAUGACGACGUGGACGUCAGGUACUUCGCGACGACAGCGGCUGCGGCCAUUCCUGGCCAAGGUGGAGAACCAAUGAACACGUCACCGUAG